CCUUUCCAGUCACCCGUCCAAAUCCAUCUCACCUUUGCUUCCUCCUCCUCUUCUUCUUCUUCUCUUCUCUUCUCUCAACCCGAAUCCAAAUCCCAAAUCCCCAACCCGGCGACGAUGGCCCGCGGCAGCCGCUCCGGGAGUAACGGCGGCGGGUGCGCGCGCUGCUGCCUGGGGUUCCUGCUCAAGUUCCUCGCCUUCCUCCAGGCCUUCGCCGCCGUCUCCGCCGUCCUCUACGCCGCCUCCAUCCUCUCCCGCUGGUCGCGACAACACGAGCUGCGCUUCGACCAUCUCCUCCCGGACCUCUGGUUCGCGUGCGCCGUCAUGGCCGCCGGCCUCCUCUACUGCGCCAUCCUCCUCGCGGGCUACGUCGCCGCCGAGGUCAACAGCGGGUGCUGCCUCUGCUUCUAUACCAUCUUGGCCAUGACGAUGAUGCUGCUGGAAGCUGCCGUGGCCGGCCAACUCCUCCUCAACGAGCACUGGAUCCAGGAUCUGCCGUAUGACCGCACCGGAGAGCUCGAGAGCCUCGUCUCCUUUGUCAAGAACAACCUCGACCUCUGUAAAUGGGCUGCUGUCGCUACCGUCGCCACGCAGGCGUUCUCACUUUUCUUGGCAAUGACUCUACGAGCCAUGGUUUCGCCCGCCAAUGCGGACUAUGAUAGCGAAGAAGAUUUUGUGGUCAUAAGGAGGCCGCUGCUUCUUGCCCAAGGUGCUCCAGCCUAUAUCCCUACCACGGCCGACCCAAGAGGUGCUCAGCCUGGCCUAUGGAGCUCAUCGAUGAGGCAAAAGUAUGGAUUGAACUCCACAAGCGACUACACCUACAACACACUGGAUCAAAAUGCAGUACGGCCACAGUGAGAAUCUGUGUGACUGAUGACGAAGCACAUAUCAUAUAUGCAGUACAUAAGUCAUAUCUUGUAAUAUGCCAUGCUGUAAUGCACACUGUAUACAUUUGUAUGUCCAAUCAUUCUGUCAAUCUGGAUAAAAUCCGCAACUUAGUCAUUGGGACAGCCAGGAGGUGGCCGUAUGUAAAUAAAUUGUUCCAUCUUGUUGGAUGUUUUGGGCUGGCUGGAUUUCUUCAAUGUAGUCGGAGAGAUGGAUGAGCAGGAAUGGAAGUAUUUGCAUUGGAUGUGUAUUAAGUUAGAUAUAGCAGUUAGUAAAAGAACAUUAUAAGGUAAUGCUAGUACAAUUUUCAUUUGGAUGAUGACAUCAUUAAAAUAUUUUCUUGGGCCAAA